CGGGGGGGUGGGGGGGUGGAGGAUCUUGUCUUUUGAGGGAAUUGAGGUUGCCAUUUUGAAAAACAGAGGAUUGUAAAAAGCUGGGAACAUCAGGAAGAUGCAUAAAAUAAUGUGAGAUUUAGGUUUUGAACUGGAAAUUGACCCAACUCAGCUGGUUUUACAUCAAUGGUUGAGUUAUCUGAAUAGGUAUCGGUGUGUCAAGUCUGACGUCUGGAUAUAAAUGAAAGACAGUGUUAUCCACGUCUCAUCCUUUUGCAAACUCAGAAAGUAUACUUCAACUCUCUGGAUAAAGACUUUUAUCUCAUCCAGUAUUUGCACUUUAUGCUUCCCUUUCGCAUACCUGUUAUUUUUGUCCAAGUCGUUUGGCUCUUGCAAAUACACAGUUAUCGCAGAAAAUGGUUAUCCCUCCUGCAGUUCGGCCAGAAAGAGUUACCAAUUUUCUCAAGCCUCAUGUCCUGAAGAUGCACUUCACGAAUAAGUUUGUGUCUGCUCAAGUAAUCCACACACCAACAGCAACUGUAGCAUCCUCUGCCAGCUCACAAGAGCAGGCACUGCGGUUAAGCAUGGAAAAAGCCAAAGAAAGUACAAGGGAUGUUGCAGCUGCUGGCAAAAUAGGCAAGAUAUUGGGCGAGCGACUGCUUCUCAAGGGUAUUCCGGCUGUUUCAAUUUUCUUGAAGAGAGAACAGAAGCAUCAUGGCAAAUUUAAAGCAGUAAUUGAUUCCGUGAGGGAAGCAGGUGUCAAAUUAGUUUAAGUUUAAGAAUCAACUCCAUUCAAGAAUAGCAGGCAUGCAUUUUUCUGAAUCCCUCUUUCUUUAACUGGAGGGUCUUUGCUAUUGUGACAAGGAUUAGAAGAAUCAGGGUUACAUUAUUAUUAUUUUACGUGGCUAAAUCUUAUUUCUUGAUAAUCCAUAGUCUGUGUUUGGGAAAUGUACCUGCUAAACUUGACAUUUGAGAUGAGAAUUAUUGCAAGUACGGAUAGGUUCUGUCUGAAU